AUGGUAGGCUUACAGGACCAAGCCACAACACGACACCGCACGAGCGAGGCCUCGUCGUCAGGCCCGGGCCGAGGCGACCGGCCUGCAUCCCUCGACAGCAGCUCGCCGCCCGUCCGAGCCAGAGCCAUGGCGCGCAACCCGCCCUUCCUGCCCACGCCGCUCGAGGCCGCCGCGCUGCUCGUCUACCCCAUCAUCCUGACCUUCGGCACGCUCUUCUCGCUCCUCUCGCCGCAGGUCCGCAACGCGCCGUACUUCCCCGCCCUGCAGGCCCACAGCCAGGACCCGCUGCUGUCGCCGUCGUACUUUGCCCGCAAGUCCAACGUGUUCAACGUCUACUUCGUCAAGCGCGGCUGGGCCUGGGUGUCGCUCGCCUUCUUCGUCUUUGUCCUCACGCACCCGGCCGUCCGCAGCGGCCAGCAAAAGACCCGCGCCUUUGUGCGCUGGGGCCUGGUCACCACGUGGUGGGUGCUCGUCACGCAGUGGUGCUUCGGCCCCGCGCUCAUCGACCGCUCGUUCCUCUUCACCGGCGGCAAGUGCGACCUCGCCGAGGCGAAGCUGGAGGAGGACGGCGCAGGUGCCAGCGGGAGGGACAUCUUCACCGCCGUCGCGUGCAGGGCCGCCGGCGGCAACUGGCGCGGCGGCCACGACAUCAGCGGCCACGUGUUCCUGCUGGUCCUCGGGAGCUACUUCCUGCUGCAGGAGGUCGGCUGGGUCUAUCUGAACCACUGGCGGCGGGGGUCGGCCGGCGGCGUGCUUGGGCUGAGGGACGAGAGGAGCAUCAUCAUGCACGACGGGGCCGUCAAGAGCGCCUCUGUCGAGGGCGAGCGCGAGCGCGACCACUCGGACGGCGAGCAGAGGCCUCGUCCGCGCGGCCCCUGGGAUGCGCUCGCUCUGGGAGGCAAGGUCGCGGGUGCCGUUUUUGUGCUGAGCCUGUGGAUGAUCCUCAUGACGGCCAUUUUCUUCCACACGUGGAUCGAGAAGCUUACUGGUCUUCUGGUCGCCUCUGCGGGCCUAUACAUAAUCUACAUCCUACCCAGGGUUCCCGCCAAUCUCCCGGAGCUGGUGAGGGCCAAAUUCAACACUGCCAAAGCCAACGGCGAUGUCAACUUCUACCCAACACAGGUGGCGGUCCUCAAAAUUGGAUCAACCCCAUUCCAGCUCCGCUUCUCGCCGUCUCUAGCCAACAAGCCCAAGGGCCCACCGCCAGCCAGCGACGGGCCAGGCAAGACGGCAGCAAAGCCCUUUAACCCGUUUGAGAACCCGCCCCCCACAGCGCUCAUCUCAGAGCUCCAGCCGGGCCACCGCCUCGUGCUCAACAAGUUCGCCGUCGUGCCGGAGCACUUCCUCCUCGUCACCCGCGACUUCAAGCAGCAGGCACACCUCCUGGCUGCGGACGACCUGGCCGCGGCGCACGCGUGCGUGCGGGCGUACCACGGCCACGGCCACGGCCACGACGGCCAGGAGCUCUUCGUCUUCUUCAACUCGGGCGAGCACAGCGGCGCCAGCCAGCCGCACCGGCACCUGCAGCUGCUGCCCGUCGACAGGAUGCGCGAGGGGCUGGACCAGGCCGGCGGGGAGGGCUGGUCGGUGCUGGCUGACCGGCUCACCACCCCGGGCGACGAGGAAUGUGCAGGGUUGCCGCUCACUACCUUUGCUGAGCGGGUGGCCGAGGACGCCGAGCCCGAGGCCCUGCGGGCGGCGUACGUGAGGCUGUACCGCAAGGCGUGCGCCGCGGCGGGCUUGGACGACGGCGAGCUGGGGGAGCUGGCGGGCGACGACGUGCCCGCCAGGAUCAGCUACAACCUCGCGAUGACGAGGACGUCCAUGGUGGUCUGCCCCCGCGUGGCCGAGGGGGAUUCAGUCCGCUCUCGGGACGGGAAGGAGGUGGGACGCCUUGCGCUGAAUGGCACCGUGUUGGCAGGCACCGCACUGGUCAAGAGCGAGGCCGAAUGGGAUGCUUUGCGGGCCGACCCGGGUCAAGUAAGAGAUGUUUUGGCCAAGAUUAGUUGUGGGUCACGAUAG